AUGUCUUGUGUCCACUACAAGUUCUUCUCCAAGUUGAGCUAUGACACAGUCACCUUUGGCGGCCUCCACAUCUCCCUGUGCGACCUCAAGCGCCGGAUCAUGGGCCGUGAAAAGCUGAAGGCGGCCAACUGCGACCUGCAGAUCACCAACGCCCAGACCAAAGAAGAAUACACAGAUGAUCAUGCCCUGAUUCCUAAGAACUCAUCGGUAAUUGUUAGAAGAAUCCCUGUGGGAGGAGUUAAAGCUACCAGCAAAACCUUUGUUCUAAGUCGAACUGAGCCAGUGAGUGGAACACCAAAAGCGAUUGAUGACUCUUCCGCACCGAUUCCUCUGGCCCAGCUUAUUAAGACCACCAAUCUGGCUGAAGCCAAUGCUUCCGAAGAAGACAAGAUAAAAGCUAUGAUGAUGCAGUCUUGCUGUGGAUAUGAUCCAACCAGGUCAUAG